CACCGGGACGUGACGGUGCAGAAGUACGGGGGGAAGGUGCCGUACCACCGCAGACCGACGCUGGGCAGUGAGUACAAGCAGGUGGGAGCAUUCUUGGAGACAGUGGCAUUUGCUGCAGCACCAAGCUUCCUGCAAGAAGUCUUGGAGUAUGACGGCACCAAUGUGGCAUUUCAGGCCACAGCCCCUCACGGGUUCCGGUCUGGAGACCGUAAGUCCUGGUUCAUCCUGUUUCAGAACGUGAGUGGAUUCUUCUUGCACCCGGUGGGGCUGGAGGUGCUGGUGGAUCACAGCAGCCUGGACGUCUCCCGGUGGGCGGUGAGCAGGGUCUUCUACAACGGGCAGUACUACAGGGACAUGGUUCAGCUGGAGAGUGCCUACGUGCAGGGCCGUAUCAGCGUGGAGAAGGUGAGGAAGGCACCGCGGGACGGGGACUUCUCCUCCAUGAAGCCCCGAGCGCCUUCAGCUGCACUGUUCCCACUGCAGUACGAGCCCCAGGGUCCUCGCUACAGCAUCAGGAAGAACCUGGUCGUCUUCCAGGCGUGGAGCUUUGCCUUUGGGAUGAGUGUGAGCACGGGCCUGCGCCUGUUUGACAUCCGACACAAGGGGGAGAGGGUUGCCUAUGAA